AAUUCCACACACACACACGAAAAAAAACUUAAAUAUUGAAUCAGUGGUGUGUAACUAGCAAAAAAAACGGUGCUGUGUGUCAUGUUAAAACUUCGCGCUGGAACAUGUUAACAUGGUAAUUGAUUUUAUGGUCUCUCUCAAUCUUUGAUUGCCCUAAUUUUUGAACUCUGUUGCAGAUACGAUCGAUGCAUGCAUAAAUCUUUUGACGAAGCUUGUUACAUAAGCACUUCUCAUGAUAAGUGCUUCUGAAAUAAGCCGCAAAUAAAUUGUUUAUCCAUAGGAUCAAAGCUUAAAAGGAGCUUAUAGGUGCAUAUGGAUCGACUCAAUGGUUCCUCCAAUCUAAUGAUAGUUUCAGAUCUUGAUUACACAAUGGUAGACCAUGAUGAUCCCGAAAACCUUGCUCUGCUUAGGUUUAAUGCGCUAUGGGAAGCUUAUUAUCGGCAUAAUUCUCUACUAGUUUUCUCCACUGGGAGAUCACCUACUAUAUAUGGAGAGUUGAGAAAGCAGAAGCCUUUGUUGACUCCCGAUAUAACGAUAAUGUCUGUGGGAACUGAGAUUACAUACGGGGAAUCCAUGGUGCUCGAUGAAGGGUGGAAAAAGUAUCUGGAUCAUAAAUGGAACAGGGACAUAGUUGUCGAGGAAUCAGCUAAGUUUCCCGAGCUUGUUAGUCAAUCAGAAACAGAGCAACGGCCUCACAAGGUUAGCUUCUAUUUGGAGAAAGGGAAGGCAUCAAAAGUCAUGCAAGCUCUCUCAGAAGGUUUAGAAAAGCGCGGGUUAGAUGUGAAAAUAAUUUUUAGCAAUGGUAUUGCUUUGGAUAUAUUACCCCAAGCUGCUGGCAAAGGACGUGCCCUUGCUUUUCUGCUUGAGAAAUUAAAAGCAGCUGGACUAGGACCACUCAACACUCUUGUUUGUGGUGAUUCUGGAAAUGAUGCUGAACUGUUCGGUGUACCUGAUGUAUAUGGUGUCAUGGUCAGUAAUGCCCAAGAAGAAUUGGUUGAAUGGUAUGCAGAAAAUGCAAAGGACAAUGCACAAAUAAUUCAUGCAACAGAGAGAUGUGCAGCUGGUAUUGUGCAAGCUAUUGGUAACUUCACUCUUGGUCCAAGUGUUUCUCCAAGAGAUAUUAGAGACUCAAUGUUAAACAUGAAAAUUCUUAGUCUUGAUCAUGAAGUAGUGAUGUUCUACCUAUUUUAUGAGAGAUGGAUGCAUGGAGAAAUUGAGAAUUCUGAGCAGUAUAUACAAAAUCUGAAAUCAAUAUUUCAUUCUACUGGAAAUUUUGUCCAUCCCUCAGGAGUUGACCAACCUAUGCAACAAAUUAUAGAAACUUUACCAAAGGUAUUUGGCCAGAAGCAGGGCCUAGACUUUUGGGUUUGGAUUGAUCGUGUAUCUUUUGCAGAGGUUAGUUUGGGCUCAUGGAUGGUCAAAUUUGACAAGUGGGAAUUAUCUGGGAAUGAGUUAAGGGGUUGUCUAACAAAGGUUUUGAUGAAUUCAAAGGUUGAUGCACCAAAUGAGUUUACAUGGAUGCACAUACAUCAGACUUGGUUGGAUGGCUCAAAAGGAAAGGAUAAUACACCUUGGUUUGUGUAGCUCAGUAUGAGGGAUGAGAAUCUGCACUCGCACCUUAGAGGUGACCAACAUGGGAGGUUCUACAUAUAGUUGGACCCUUAUUGAGUCUUUGCAUCUUGUGUUUAGGCAGAAGAAAAUCAAUUAGUGAGUAAUGUAUAUAUUUGGGAGAUAAGUUAAUCUUGUAUAAGUCCAAUAAACAACCAUCAUGGUCAAGAUUUUCAUCAGAAGUCGAGUACAAAGCUAUGGCCUUUAUGGUAUGUGAAAUUCAAAUAGUUAAUCUAUCUCCUUUAACAUUUUCAAUUAUACUUUU